AAAACUAGCGAAAAUCCUUUUUCUCUACCCCUUCUUCGUUUAGUCUUUGCUUCCUGAAAUAAACUCGAAGAGUCAGCGUCUUAUUCCACUACAACCAUGCCUAUUUUAAGAAAUCCUUAACAAAAUUACAACGGUCCAUCCGGUCGAAUUCAGGAAAAAAACCCACGAAAAUGGCAACGAGAACAUCGUCACCAUCGCCUUCGUCAUCACCGCCGUCGUCGUGCUUCAUGCUGAUCUGUCUCCUCCACUCAGCCAUCGCCAUAUCAAGCGGCGCCUUCAUGAUGUUCCGUAUGAAAGAAAUCUACACCUUCACGCACGGGAUCGAAACUGCCACCAAGCUCCUCGGCUCCACCCCACACGACCAACUCCUGAUCCGGACCUCCGAUUCGUUCUCCGGCCUGCUCUUGUUCACCAUCGGGUUCUUGCUCUUCAUGGUCUCCUUCGUUGAAGACACCGAUUUCCAGUCCUUCUUCGCCGCCGGCUGCACCUUCUUGCACGUUUUCAUGGCCGUGUGGAGGUUUUGGUUCGAGACCAGAGUGGAGGAUUUGGCUUGGGAUUGUAUUAGGCAAACGGUUGGCGAUAUUUUAUUGGCUCUUUCUUGGGUUUCCUUUUUGGUUUACUCUUGGAGAGAAAAGUAUGAUUAGAUAUUUUCAUUUUUCUUGUUAAAAUUUUACUCUUUUUUUUUUUUAAAUAUGGAAAUGUAUAUUUUGUGAAGUUAAUAAUUUGGGUCUUUUUUAAAUGAAUGUAAAAUUAUUGGGUAUGGGUCAGAAUUUAAGAAAAA